AUGGAUCCUGCAAGCAAGCACGGACGAACGUCAAACAGUAGCUCAUCUGCUAAUCAAACGACAAAUAAUACCUCAAAUGCACCAGUAAAAAAGUCUGCAAAAGAGUUAAAAGCCGAACGUCGCGCACUACAAGAGCGUCAAAGGGCAGAGAAAGCUGCGCGAGCUGCCGGAAAUGCUGCCGUUCCUUCCAAAAAGCCUCCGUCCGGAUCUGCAACUAGUACAACUGUAGGCUCUACCUCUUCUACCUCAGCUACGGCAACUGUUGUUCCUUCUGAAACUGCUGGAUCUGCUAAAACCAUUGACUCUAAACAAAAGAGUUCUCACACUAAAGAAAUUAACAACAAACAAGUUGAUAUGUUUUCACAUUUGGAAAUUUCGAAAGGCACCAAUACGAGCUUGGCUCCUAAAGAAAUUCAUCCUGCAAUUUUGAUGCUUGGUUUGCAAUUUUCAGAAUUCAAAAUUUGUGGUGCAAAUGCCCGUUGUAUUGCAGCGCUGACAGCUUUUAAGAAGGUUAUUCAGGAUUACAAAACGCCGGAAGGUACAACACUUUCGCGCCAUUUACCUACUCAUCUUUCACCUCAAAUUACGUAUCUGGUAAAUGCUCGACCAAUGUCUGUGGGGAUGGGUAAUGCGAUUCGACACCUCAAAUGGGAAAUAUCCACUAUAGAUAUUGAAAUGUCAGAUGAUGAAGCGAAGCAAUUGUUAUGUGAAAAAAUCGAUAACUUUAUUCGUGAUAGUAUCACGGUUGCUGAUCGAGUAAUUGUUGAAUAUGGUUUACAAAAAAUUCAGGAUGGUGAUGUAAUAUUAACAUAUGCUAGAUCAUCAGUUGUGCAGGCAUUGUUAUUGGAAGCGCAUGAAAAAGGAAUAAAAUUUAAGGUCAUUAUUAUUGAUUCAAGACCAAGACUUGAAGGUAAAAAACUUUUGAAUUGUCUCGUGGAUGCUGGUAUUAACUGCACAUAUGCUUUUCUUCAUGCUGUUGGAUUUGCAAUGAAGGAUGUUUCAAAAGUUUUUUUGGGAGCACAUGCUUUCAUGUCGAAUGGUGCUCUUUAUUCACGUGUAGGUACUGCAAUGGUUGCAAUGAUGGCAAAUGAAAAGAAUAUUCCAGUUAUUAUUUGCUGUGAGACCUAUAAGUUUACAGAUAAGGUUCAAUUAGAUUCUUUUGUGAUGAAUGAACAAGGUAAUCCUAAUGAUGUAGUGAAUAUUUCUACUACCUUAACCCCAAAACCUGGGUUAUUGUCUGAAUGGCUUAACAAGCCAGAUUUGAAACUGUUAAAUCUAUUGUAUGAUUUAACACCUUCAAAAUACAUUACAACUGUUAUAACAGAAGUUGGCAUGAUUCCAUGUACUAGUGUACCAGUGAUAUUAAGAGAAUACAA